UGUCCAUCAUAUAGAUGAUAAAAAUUGUGACGUACCCUCCCUAUAACUGAGGACUAUGGUAUGGUCUACUGAAUACUAAUGAGCUGCAGUCUGCUACAGUCCAACAUGGCUGCCACGAGGAAAAAAGUUGCACCAAAAAAUGAAGAAACAUCGGAUUCUGGCUCAGAAUCUGAAGAACAAGACGACUUUACAUUGGACGAUGUUUUAAAACUUGGUGGAAAUAAGGGUGACUACAACACCCUGAGGAUGAUAGAUGAGACCCAGGACGUGUUAGAACUCCCACAGGAUGAAGGGAGUGAUGUAGAACCAGAUGAGAUCAAGGCAAUGAUACAGAAGUUGGGAUUAGACAAGCUCAAAGCCCCCAGUGAGAAGUGGGAAGAAAAGGAAGAGCUGCCAGAAACAAGCAGCCAUGAAGAAGAAGAUGAAGACAGGCUGACCACAGAAACACCAGCAGACACAGCUGAUGUCCAAGUGAGCGAGGUGUCCAGUUCAUCCCAGACACAGGAACAGAAGAAACCACUGGGAAAGUUCAUUAUAGCUCCAGGGGAGAGGUGGUACCAGACAGAGUUCCCAACAGACCCGACCACUUGGCCCACAGUGAACCCAGCAAAAGCAGAGCAGCUGAAAAGAGAGGCAGCUAAGUUGUUUGAACAGGAAGUCAAGCAGCACAAUCAGUUGAAAAACAAGAAGAAGAGUUCAGAUUUUGGCUGGCUGAAGACGGUGGCCACCGCGGGAACGUUGGCGGACAGAGUGGCGGGACUGACCGUGCUGAUACAGGACGCACCGCUGCACAACCUGGCCAGUCUGGACACACUGGUCAGCAUGGCCAAGAAGAAGAUGAGGAGGGAAGCAACACAAGCUGUCGACACUUUAAAGGAGCUCUGGUUGUCUGACCUCCUUCCUGACAGGAAGUUGAAAACCUUUGAGCAGCACCCCCUGUCUGUAUUACCUGAGAUCACUGGUGGGAACCAGGAGGGGAGGAGGAGAAGACUGAUCAUGUGGUACUACGAGGACAGGGUUAAACAGUUAUACGCUGAGUUCAUCUCAGCUAUACAGACUCUAGCACAUGACACUGUGGAAACAAACAAGUCUAAAGCUCUAGGUACAGUUUUAGAACUUCUGAGUAACAAGCCAGAACAAGAGAAGGUCCUGCUAGAAUUACUGGUAAACAAGGUCGGUGACCCUGACUACAAGAUUGCAUCCAAAGCAGCACAUCUACUGGGAAAACUGGUGACUAUCCACCCCAAUAUGAGGCUAGUGGUGGUGAGAGAGGUAGAGAGACUGUUAUACAGACCCAAUGUCAGCGACAAGGCUCAGUACUACAGUAUGUGUUUCCUGAACCAGUUGGUACUGGAUCAUGACAGUAGUGAGUUAGCCAACAAACUGGUCACCAUCUACUUCUCAUUCUUCAAGGUGUAUGUACAGAAGAAAGAAAAGGACACUAAAAUGUUGAGUGCACUACUGACUGGUGUCAACAGGGCUUUCCCUUAUGCCAACGUUAAAGAUGAGAAGGUUGAUACUCAGAUCAAUGAGCUGUUCAAAGUGGUACAUGCUGUGAACUUCAACAUCAGUGUACAGGCACUGAUGCUUCUCUACCAGGUCAUGGAUUCCAGACAGGCAGUGUCAGACAGGUACUACACAGCCCUGUACAGGAAACUGUCUGACCCUGAACUGAAGCACUCGUCCAGACAGGCCAUGUUCCUCAACCUGCUCUACAAGUCUGUCAAGUCUGAUGUUACCUUCAGGAGAGUCAAGGCCUUCAUAAAGAGAAUACUACAAGUCUGCUGUGGUCAGCAGCCAUCCUUUGUAUGUGGUGCUUUGUUCUUAGUAUCAGAGAUUGCAAAAGUCCAUCCAGGGCUGAGAACAGUCACCCUGGCCACAGAGGAGUCAGAUGAUGAGGAGCAUUUUGAGGAUGUGGAGUUACCAGAUGAAGAGGCUGCAGUAGAAGAUGGAGAACAAGAUGAAGUGAAAACAGAAAGUACAGAAGAGCAGAAAGAGGAGGUCACAGUACCAUCUCAACCUGGUGCAUCAUGGGUACACAGACUAGGUAAAGGCAAGGUGACGUCAUCCCAGUAUGACCCCCAGGGUAGGAACCCACUGUACUGUGGUGCAGAUGGGAGCUGUCUAUGGGAGUUGUGUAAGCUAGCCAACCACUUCCAUCCAUCAGUAGCUCUGUUUGCUAAAAAGAUCCUUGAUGGUGAGGUGAUCCAGUACAGUGGGGACCCUCUACAGGACUUCACCUUAGCAAGAUUCUUGGACAGAUUUGUCUUCAGAAAUCCAAAACAAAGAAAACAAGACCCCGGUCAGUCAGUGAUGCAGCCAAAGUCCACCAGAUUUGAACCCAGGGGAGUCAAAAGGUUCCCAGUGAACAGUGAGGAGUUUCUCCAGACGGAAGAACAGAAGAUUCCUGUUGAUGAAGUCUUCUUCCACCGGUUCUUCUCCAAGAGAGCUGAGUUUGGCAGGAAGGCGACAGACGGUGACAAUGACAGUGACAUUGAGAGUGUGGGGGACGAGGAGUUUGAUAGGAUACUGGAUAAAUUUGAAGGAGAUGAAGAAGAUGAAGACCUUGGUAUGGACUUUGCCAGUGAGUUGACACGUAAUAAAAGAAAGGGUAAGAAGAAGGGAGAGGAGGAAGAGAGUGAUGAUGAUGAUGAUGAUAUGAUGGAGGAGGAUGACCUGGAUGAUGAUGAUGAUGAUGAUGAUGGGGAGGCAUGGGGAGAGGAGGAGGAGGAGGAGGAUGGGGAGGAGGCAGGUGUGUUCAUGGACCCUGCUGAGGAGGACAUGUUUGCAGCUGCUCCAGAUGGCAGUGAUGAAGAGUUCAGUUAUGAUGACAUGGAUGAGAUGUCCUUCUCUGAAGAAGAAAAUGAUGAUGAGGUUGAAGCAGCUGGACCAGCCAAACAGGGCGGGAAAAAGGCAGCUAAGAAGAGGAAAGCAGGAGGUGAUGGUGAUGAUGAUGAUGAUGAUGAGGGUGUGGACUUUGUUGCUGCCAUGGCAACCAAGCCCAAGAGGAAGAGGAGGAGAGGGAAGUUACCAGGGGUGGGCAGUGGCAGUAUGUUUGCAGCAGCAGAGGAGUUCUCCUCGUUGUUGGAUGACAAUGCCGGCUCCAAGUUUGACAACAUCGGCAUUGGGGCCCUGUCAAACAAGGACAAUGCAGAUGCCAAGCAGUUGAAGUGGGAGGUUGCCAGGGACCAGUGGGUCAGGGGACAGAACUGGAAGGACAAGAAGAGAACUCGAGGGAAGGGUGCACCGGGGAAGGGGAGGGGGAAGAAACAAGGGAGCAAGCAGGGGAAAAGAAGAAGAUAGAUGAUAAACUGCUUC